AUGGAGAGUGCAUGCAGCAAGCGCAAGCCGUCUACGCAACUCACCAAGGACCAGCUGCAGGGCGAGCCGGAGGAGGCGGAAGUGGCAGAGACAGGAAGCUCCCUUGAUCUGAAGGAUGCGGACGCCAACACUUUGAAGAACAGACGCCGGCUCAAGAUCGUCCGGACGCACGCACCUCCCGUGGUUAGUUGCCAUGAGCAGCAGUCGACGAAGGAGGCCUCUGUAGAAAACAAGGAAACUCCUGUUGCAGUCUCGGAAAAGGAAGAGUCCCCUGGGACUCCUGCAGCAAGUGCACCUGAAAUUGUGACUACUCCCGUCACAGCGUCAGCGAUAUCAUCAGCAGAUGUGGGCACCAGUGGUGACGCGGCUCCUGCAGCCCCAGCUGCAGCGGACACAUCUGCUGGAGCGACAGUGCCCGCGUCAGCAAGUGUAUCGGCUACUGAUGGAGUUUCUGCUGCGGAUGCCAACGGGAAGACAGCGGCAGAUAGCAACCCCAGCACCAACACUAGUGGUGGAGGCAUAUUUGGUUCCUUGCUCAAAGGAACCCCAGCGUUCGUCAGUCCGUUUGGAGCGCUUGGCCCUUCGGGCAACUCGUUUCUCUUACCGUCUGGGGGCCCUGUGGAGGGGCACUCAUCUCUUUUGGGGGGCUCUUCAGGAUCUGCGUCAGCUGAAGCAGACGAGACCGAUGUGCCACCACCAGAGGAGCCAACUGUGGUAACUACAACCGUCGACAGCAAAGAAGAGGUCAUUUUUACAGACCGCGACUGUCGCAUGCAGUGCUUCGAUAUUGCAAAUAAAGUGUGGACACCGAAGCCGCCUCUAGACGGGAAGGUUGACUUUAAAGGAGAAGAAGAAGGCCUGCCCAAUGCGCGCAUACUGUUUUUCGUUAAUCGGACCGGCCGUCUGCGCCUUAAUUCACCAGUGUUGCCAUCAACUGUCAAAUUCAGGCAUCCAGUUGAGCGUUCUGCAGUUGCAGCGGGGACAAAAGCAGUAUCAUCAGGCGCGGCAGCGGCACCAGAUGGCGGAGAUGCGGCAGCAAAGGACGAGCUUAAAGACAUUCCGUUGAAGAUGAAUACUGUGGAAUUUACAGGCCUCAAGCUCGAUGCAAAGGACGCAAAGGAUACGACAUUUUAUCGCAUUCGCUUCUCCAGCGAUGAACGAGCAGCGGAGUUCAUGGCACUGGCAAACGCGAAACAGGAAGAGGCUAGCAGUGCCGCACGAAACGGCAGCACCAAUUAG